UGGAGACGGAGAUAGAUACGCAUUGCUAGCAAAAACAGUCUGCAGAAAUACAAACGCAAAGGUAAUUAUUUAUUUUAUUUUCAUUAGAGUUGUAUUUAAUCCAUCUGAGGAAUGGAGAUAUUUACUAAACACUGAGGUAUUUUAAAGAGAUCAUUUAAAAGGGUAGGCAGAGAGAUUGAGACGAAGGUUAAGACACACUGCAGUGGAGCUGGAAUAUGGAUGCACAGUCUGAGAGCUGUGAACCACCGCUAUGUGACCCCCAGCCUUCAGGUAAAAUCAGGAAAGCCUUCAAGCUGUUCGGCAAGCGAAAGCCAGGCAGCAAUGUUGCCAGUAUCUUCUCCAUGCGUGGGAAAGGAGAUGGAGGCCCUAAAUCACCACCAUCAAGGAGCAAAACUCUGGUUGAAUUAAAUGAGCCUACCGCCCCCGAAGCUGAGGCAGAGCAAGUGGAUCUUGACCAAGAGGAGGAGGAGGAUGCCCCAUUGGAGGAGUUCAUGAGUGGGAACAUGAAUUCAGAAAAUACCCCAAUGAGGCAGUCCAUUUCCUCCCUAACAUCUGCUAAGUCCUUGAGCUUCCUUAAUAUGCUUCGCAAAGGCAGACGAGGAGUAGCGGGAGAAUGGCAGACUCAGACCGAGUCUCAGAGGCCCGGGCGACAACGCAAAGGCUUGAAAGGAUUGUUUAGUAGUGUACGCUGGCAUGGUAAAGAGAAGGAGGGCGAAGAGGAGACUGAACCUGACCCUCCCCUUCUUGCUUCCCGCACCAACAGUGUUGAGAUUAUAAAGGAGAGUGUACCAUUGACACCUGGGCCAUCAUCUCGUUCUGUGGAGGAGCAACAGCAGGAGGAAAAGAAACAGCUUCCUACUCAAGAGGGCCCUAAAUCAUCUGAGGACUCUACAAAGGUUAGCGAAGCAACAAAACCACCAACAAAUGAACGCUUGAGCACGCUGCUUGGAGAUAUCUCAUCAAUUUUGAGUUUUGAUUCACUGAUGGCAUGUGGAGAUAUUGUAGCAGACGUUGAGGCAGAAUGGGUCAAAGUCAGCACUCGAAUGGAGGGACCAACUACACUGAUGAUGAAUGAUUUUGAAAAGGAUAAGACUUCAUCUUCUGUAAUUUCCACCAGAUCAAAGACCAUCCUUUCUCCUCUAUCAACUCUCAGCCCCAACGCCUCCUCCAAACCUUCGCCUACUUCAGCAAACAAACCCAUCCCUUCACCUACCACCAGUAAACCCAUCCCCAGCACUUUGACGAAACCUGCCAUUUCCCCAACAUCCUCUCCAGUGACCAAAAUGUUCCCAUCCAUGCCUUCUGCCCCUAUUAAUCUUAUCUCAACAUCCAGCCCUCUCGCUAAACCUACCCCAACCCCAUCAGCUAUGAACAUUAUCCAGCCUACCUCAACACCAAUACCAACCCCAAUAACUCAAGCUACCCCAACUUCAACAUCUACCCUGAUUAUUCAGCCUUCCCCAAACCCUACAUCUGUUUCUAUUGCACAGUCUGCCCAGGGCCCAAUAUUGAUCCCUACGUCUAAACCCACCAUUUCCCCAGCUAAACCUGCCCGGUCUCCUAAAUCUAGCCCUGAAAUCAAACCUGCCACAAUACCACCAUCUAGCCCCACAGCAACCCCCUUAACCAAACCUAUAUCAUCCUCAACACACACUCCUGUCCCUGUCUCUACCUCUUUUUUUGAAAUCUUGCCCCCACUAUUGACCCCUAAACCUGCUGCUGUCACAAAAACAGCACCUACUCCAACCCUUGUGACUAAACCCACCCAAGCCCCAACCCCUGUUACAAAAUCCACUCCAAGCAUUGCAAAUGAAUCUAAACAUGCUACUUCUACCUUUGCAACCAAAUAUACCCCUUUCCCACCACCAUUUGGUAAGUCCCCCCCAGCCCCUGCACCAACACCAAGACCAAAACUUAUAACAACAUUUGGAUUAUCGACAAGUCGGAACACAGCUCCUAUCAAACUUGAGACAAAGCAGCCCACAGUACAAGCUACAAAAUCUAGCCAAUCCACCACCCAAACUGAAAAAAAUGGCACAACAUCGAGAAAAGCCUCAAUCUCUGAACUGCCUGCCCCCAUUGCUAAAACACCUUAUGCAGUUAGCCCUCCAGGGGUUUUCUUUACAUCCCACAAUCCGGUUCUCAAGUCUCCUCCAUGUACUGCUCCACCUCCCAUUUUAUCAAGAAAAGUGGAAGAAGAGGAUACUAGACAAGAAGGAGUUGGCACUAGAGACUCUGUGGCUACUCAGAGCCUCACCAAGGCAGUGAAAAAUGGGCAAGCAGUGAAGCCCACAUCCCUGAGUAAGAUCCCUGUGAGUGGUGGAGGCAGACCUACAAAGCAGCAACACCGAGAGGCCCAGCCUAAUGGAGAUGAAGACCAUUCAAAUAUACCAACACCGGUGCAUGAAGAGGAUAGACCAUUCUCUCUCUCACGAGAAAGUAGCAGCAAGGAAGCCCUCAGUGAUUUCUCCACAGAAUCAGGGACUGUCACCCCAACCCUCUCCCACAUCCAAGAGGACAUUAUGGAUGCCAAACUUAGUCUGCAGGCAUCUGCACAUCCUACAGCUGGUUCCACAAUCUUAGCUCGGGAGUCCAAGAUCCCAAUCAAACAUGGCUCCACUGCAACCUACCAUUCAGUGCAGGGAAGGGCAGAGGCUGCACGCUCCAAAAUACCUGUGUCCAAAAUGCCCGUCCGCCGUACAAGCAAUAAGCCUACACCCGCAGCUACAGCUGUCGUCACCCGAAAAUAACGGAUAAUCAUAUUCUGAAGAUGACAAAACAUAAAGGAUUCCACUGGCUACAGUCUUCUAAGAUUUUGUUUUUAUUUUUGGUCAAGCAUCACUGGGCCUGGUUUAAGCCUUUUUGCAGCAGAUAUCCUUACAAAAACAAAUGUAUUGUUAUCAUUAUUGGAAAUAAUUUACAUACCAUGUCAAUCACACUGUUACAUUUUUUAGCAAUUGUGUGUUUCUACUCAUAUCACUGUUAAACAGACUGACGUUAUGGAUUCAACCCUGUGCACCACCAGGAACAGGCAGCACACACACAGGCUUUGUUUAAAUGAUCCCCAUGGCAACCAAAUACUAAUUAAAAGGCAGACACUAAAGCACAAGAGCCCACAUGUGGAUUACAACGCCAUGAAGUCCUUCUCUGUAGAAGCAAGCAGUGCAUCUAUUUGUCCAUUAUAUUUGGUAUAGAGCAUACUCUUGUCAACAGCAUAAAAAUGGUCCAUAAUGGUCUUAUGUGGUAAUUAAAAGCCUCAUAGAAGAAUAUAAGCAAUCCUUUUGGUUUUUGUCCAGGUCUAUUACACCAGAGGCGCUCAGUAUCAUCACAAAGGUGCUUUCUUAUCUUCCUGGCCUGCCACACCAGAAAAAAAUAUUUUAUUACAGAGCAAUGGAGGAUCUUUGUAGCCUUUGUUACUUGGCCUUCUUUUUAAGAUAUUCUUGUGCCUGUCUUUUUUUAAUUUUCUUUUUCAAGUGAACUUUGUGGAUCAAUGUUAGUCUUUUUGGAGCUCCCAUGUGUUGUAUGCAAAGAAACAGUAUCUCUUACAUGUACAGUUAAUGCCAAGACAGGAUAUUCCACAAUAUCUUUUGAAUGUAUGUAGCAGAUCGCAUGCCCUACUUUUUGAACCAGAUGAGCCAUCUCACCUCUCUUCCUCUCACCAUAACGUCUAUUUCUUGCUGUUUUUUUAAACACUGUGUUAAGUCACACAGUGCCUGUCAACUGUGUAUGUCAUGUCAUCGAAGUGGCAUAUGGAUCUAUCUAUGUGGAUUUUUAUUUCUGGCUGCACUGAACAUUGUGUGAGACUGCAUUAAAGAAGUCUAAGGACAGUAGAGGUGGUUUUCCAUAGCCAGUUGGUGUAAUAGCUAAGCUAAGGCUUUCAUGGAUAACAGUGGUGUCAAGCUUUGGAUAGAUAGAUACUUUUUUGAAGUUGCCAUCACAUGCACAUGUUUAAUAGAGGACUAUUUUUGUGUGUGUGCGUGCGUGUGGGUGUGUGUGUAUCUGGGUGGGAGUGUUUAUCUUAAUUUCACUGUUUCCUAUUUCAUCAAUAAAAUGUGA